AUGGAUUAUGCAAUAUACAGUAUAAACUCGUGUAUAAGAGGGAAGAGAAAAAACUGGGAUUGGGAACUUAUGAAUGAUAUCAAACCAAUAUGGCAGAGACCCUCAAAAGUAGAGGAGGAUGAAUACAAAGCUUUCUACAAGUCAUUUUCAAAGGAAAGUGAUGGCCCGAUGGCCUAUAUCCACUUCACGGCUGAAGGGGAGGUUACCUUCAAAUCCAUCUUGUUCGUGCCCACUUCUGCUCCACGGGGUCUGUUUGACGAGUACGGAUCCAAGAAAAGUGACUACAUUAAGCUGUCCGUGCGCCGAGUGUUCAACGACGACUUCCAUGACAUGAUGCCCAAGUACCUUAACUUUGUCAAGGGUGUGGUGGACUCUGAUAACCUCCCAUUGAAUGUUUCCCGUGAGACCCUUCAGCAGCAUAAGCUGCUAAAAGUAAUCCGUAAAACUCUGGAUAUGAUCAAGAAGAUUGCUGAUGAGAAAUACAAUGAUACUUUCUGGAAAGAAUUUGGCACCAACAUCAAGCUGGGUGUGAUUGAAGACCACUCCAAUCGAACACAUCUUGCCAAACUUCUUCGAUUCCAGUCCUCUCAUCAUGAAAGCGACAUUACCAGUCUAGACCAGUAUGUGGAAAGGAUGAAGGAGAAGCAGGACAAAAUCUACUUCAUGGCUGGCUCCAGCCGGAAAGAGGCUGAAUCCUCUCCGUUCGUCGAGCGACUUCUGAAGAAAGGCUAUGAAGUGAUUUAUCUCACAGAACCCCUGGACGAGUACUGCAUUCAGGCCCUCCCCGAGUUUGAUGGGAAGAGAUUCCAGAAUGUGGCCAAGGAAGGAAUCAAGUUUGACGAAAGUGAAAAGACGAAGGAGAAUCGUGAAGCAGUAGAGAAAGAAUUUGAGCCACUGCUGACCUGGAUGAAAGACAAAGCCCUCAAGGACAAGAUUGAGAAGGCCGUAGUGUCUCAGCGCCUGACCGAGUCUCCGUGUGCUCUCGUGGCCAGCCAGUACGGCUGGUCCGGCAACAUGGAGAGGAUCAUGAAGGCCCAGGCCUACCAGACGGGCAAGGACAUCUCGACCAAUUAUUAUGCCAGCCAGAAGAAAACACUGGAAAUUAACCCCAGACACCCACUGAUCAGAACCCUGCUCCGGCGGGUGCAGGAAGACGAAAAUGACCAGACGGUGUCCGACCCUGCUGUGGUUUUGUACGAAACGGCUACACUACAGUCGGGGUAUCUCUCACCAGACACGAAAGCCUAUGGAGAGAGGAUAGAAAGAAUGCUUCGCCUCAGUCUCAACAUUGACCCCGAGGCAAAGGUGGAGGAAGAACAAGAAGAGCCUGAAGAUGCAACAGACGACACAACGGAAGAGGAGCAAGACGAUGAUGAAGAAAUGGACGAAGAGGAACAAGAAACAGGAAAGCUAUCUGAAAGAGAUGAAUUGUAAACAAGACUCUUCACCGCCAGGAUUCUGAGUGGAGAGAGAAUGUGAAGUUUCAGUCAUUUCGUUUGGGAGAGACUUGUU